UUAAAAUUCAUUUAAAAAAAAAAAAAAUUCAUUUACUUGAAGAAUCUAAAUGGCUUCUUCACCUCCUUCAAAGCGAAGGCGAAAGAACGAAGGUGUUGAUGCCGACACGUCAUCACCAGUGGUGGUCUUUGCUCAUGGCGCUGGUGCUCCUUCCUCUUCCGAUUGGAUGAUCAAAUGGAAAGAUAUGUUGGGAAAGGCAUUGAAUGCUGUAGAAGUAGUCACAUUUGACUAUCCUUACAUUUCUGGUGGAAAGCGAAAGGCUCCUCCGAAGGCAGAAAAAUUGGUUGAGUUUCACGCAGAUUUUGUCAAAAAGACUGUUGCUAAGUUCCCUGGCCAUCCUCUAAUUUUGGCGGGAAAAUCCAUGGGUUCAAGAAUCAGUUGCAUGGUUGCUGGCGAGGAAGACAUAGAUGCUUUUGCUGUAGUCUGCCUGGGAUACCCUCUUAAGGGCAUGAAUGGGGUAAUGCGAGAUAAAACAUUGUUGCAACUUACUGUACCUGUAAUGUUUGUACAGGGUAGCAAAGAUGGGCUCUGUCCCUUGGAGAAGCUUGAAGUUGUUCGGAAAAAGAUGAAGUCUACAAAUGAGUUGCAUGUGAUUGAUGGUGGUGAUCACUCCUUCAAGAUUGGUAAGAAACACUUGCAAACUAUGGCAUCAACACAAGAUGAAGUUGAAGAUCUUGCUGUUCAGGCCAUUGCAUCAUUUAUCUCUGUGUGCCUUGCAGAAAGUUGACACACUAGCUGCACUGGCAUAUUUUUAUUUACUAUCAAGGGAUGUGUCAUUUUGUUUGGGCUUCUGACAUUGUAACAAAGCUCUUGGUAGUUGCAUUUUGGAUUCGCAAAGUAAAAUAUGUUGUAGCCCUAGUCUACCUGCUCACUGAAGAAUUCCAUGCAUCUUUAGUUGGAUGAUGUUUUUGAAUUGUCUCUA